AGACUCUGUUAGAGUGUGUACUAAACUCCUACAGCAGGGACAACACGACUGGACACCUGACCAGAGGUCUCUCUCUCUGUACCUCAGACGCUGCACAACCUGAACUCCAAGCUACCCACCAACACACAGUGGAGUAAGCUACAACUCUCAAUACAAUUAAAAAGUAUCAAUAUUUAUUGAUCGGGAAGUGCUGCGCUGCGUUGGGACAUAGCUGGAGAGACGGUUGAUGAUCGAAGGUUGGCCAGGUGGAUUUCCUCUGGUUUUCACCCGUCAACGUGGACUAUAGCAACAGAGACAAGAUCAAGAUGAACCAGACCAAGGUGGUAGAAGAGGAACCAUAUAACUACUAUGACUACUCAGACUGGUACUCCAACAAUAUGGAACCCACCAGACCUCCAAAAGAAGUUAUUCUCCCGUGUGACCCCACAGCGGAUGACCAGCUUUUCCACAUAGGCAUCGCUUCAGUAUCUCUCGUUGUGAUGCUGAUUCUAGCAGUCCUGAAGAGGAGAAAGAGUCUAUGUGAGGGUUUUGCCAGUGGAUCAACUGGUAACUCAAGUCCAGUGAACUUCCUGGACCAGACGCAGCACAAAGCCCUAGCAGUAGCUGUGUUUGGGCUGGUCUUCAGCAAGCUGUCUGUAUUGGUCCUGGCUCCAGAUCCCCUGCCCUUCUCCAAAGACACCCCUCAGGAAAUCAAAGAGUACAUGAAGAUCAUCGCCAUAUUCUACUGGCCUGCCCUGUACUACCCACUCCUGGCCUGUGGUACGCUCCACAGUAAACUGGGCUAUGUGCUGGGCAGUCUAUUCUCCUGGACCCACUUUGCUGUCCUCGUCUGGCAGAAGAUUGACUGUCCCAAAACACCGGAGCUGUAUAAGUACUAUUCCCUGCUGGCCAGUCUCCCACAGAUCGGCUGUCUGGGAUUCCUCUGUAUCAAGUACCCACUGCUGUUUCUCAAAGGUGCUAAGGCUAAUGGUUCUGAGGACCUGGAGAGCAGCUACUACACAGACUACGUGAAAUUAAUUCUAAAGAAGAAAAAGUCAAACAUCAGUACCUCUAUCAGAUCAGAUAAACCCAAACUGUUGGAGACAAUAAAAGACACAGUCAAGUCCUACAUCUACACACCAGAGAAAGUAUUCCGGUUUCCACUGAAGCUGGCGAUCUCAGCAUUUGUGUCGUCCAUUGCAGUUUAUCAGGUGGCGCUGUUGCUGGUAAUACUGGUGAUCCCCACCCUCCAUAUAGUCCGCGCUGGUAUAGAUGACAAGUUCCCCUUCCUUCUGGAGGGCGUUGGUAUCGUCCUAUCAGAGGAUAGGAUGGAGGUGGUCCAGAUUGUUAUUCACUAUACCUGGUGUCUGGAAGUGUGUUACCUGUGUGGGUUGACCCUGGCCUGUAUGCUCACCCUGAUCAUGCUCAUGAGGUCCAUGAUCCUUCACAGAUGGAACCUCCAGGGCUUGUACAGAGGAGAUAUUUACAACGUGUAUAAUUGCCAGAAGAGCAUCCGUCCGUCUCAGACAGGCCUAGUGUGUUGGAUGGGCUUCAUUGGAUAUCAGGCUGCUGUCAUCUCUUUAGGAAUGGUCUUCCAGACUUUGGUCUUCUUCAUCUGUUUUGUGUGGUUGGUGUUCCUCAUCAUCAUCCCCAUCUUGUAUGGCCAGAACCUUAUACUCUUCCAGGUCGCUGCCAAGGCCUGGCCUGUGUGGGUGACGUUGAUACUGACUAUUACUCUACAACACGUCACAGCCAGGUUUGCUUUUAUCAAAAAGGAUGCUGGGACAAGAGACUUGAACAACAGAGGCAGUCUGUUCCUGCUUACCUACCUGCUCUUCCUGAUCAACAUCGUGGUGGGGUUGAUAGCAGCCAUCUGGAGGAUGGUCAUCACUGCCCUCUAUAACAUCAUCCACCUGGGGCGCAUGGACAUCAGCCUCCUCAACCGCGCGGCUGAAUCCUACGACCCGGCUUAUUGUUACUACACCCACUACCUGAAGGUAGAGGUCAGCCAAUCCCACCCUGUGAUGAAGGCCUUCUGUGGGCUGGCGCUGCAGGCUGCCUCGGCUGGAGGUGCUGGGCAGAAGAUGCGAGAUGCUGAGGAAGGGAUCCAGCUGGUGAAUCAGGAGAAGAGACCGGACAAGGUGGUUAACAGCAGGAGGGUGCGGGCACGCUGGCAGUUACUCUACACGCUGGUCAACAACCCGUCUCUACUGGGGUCCAGAAAACACUACCAGCUGCAGCCCUCUGACAGCUUCGUGAACGGAACGAACCGUAGCGCCGCGGCAGGAAGCAAGAAAGACGCCAGCAGCAAACCCACCGCUGCCGAGGCAGGCGCUGCCACACCCUCAGGCGCUGCCAUACCUUCAGGCGCUGCCACACCCUCAGGCGCUGCCACCGACGCCGCUGCUAACUGAGACCAUGACACACGGUCAUGACUGAUGUCAUGUGGUUUAUGGGGUACGGACACCCUGCUGCUCUCUAUAGAACCCAAUGUUCCAACUGCUUGGUCUUCAGGGUAGCAGUUGACUGUAAGAGGCCUGUAAUUUCUGUGGGUUGCAGUCAAGUGCCUUGGCUUGUUCAGCUGCACAUGAAGUGAAUCUCUAUGUAUGUUGCUUUCUGUGUCAUAUUGUUGUCUGCAAUGUCGAUUUUAAAAUUUGCUGGUCUAUUAUUUAGUUUUGGCAAAGGUCGUUAUGGUGAAAUAGUACAACAUCUUAACGGUUGUAUGUGUUUGGUUAUGAUGCACAUUGGAUAUUGGAUGUUUUAGCAUCCAAUAUCCACCCCUUCCUUUAAUGUGCUGCCCUUCAUCAGUUGUUUCGGUAAGUUUUCAGAGGUUGAGAUAUUUGCUUUCAAAAUAUAUUUAAGAACAAUGAUACAUUUAUUUUUUUGUGUAAAUUAAUGUAACUGACAUCACAAUCCAGAGUGAAAAAAAAAUCAACUGUUUUUCUCCCAGGUGGGAGAAUGUGAUUAAGACUCUUAUUUUGAAAGAGAGACUUCUUUUCAAACGAAUAAAACAGUUUUAAAGUAAAUACAGGGGAACAACAAACGUGUAAGCAUGUUUUCAAGAACCACGAUGACUGCGUACGGAAAACCCAUUUUUACAGAAGCCAAUAUU